GCUCCUGCCUCGGCGCUGCCUCUCCGGGAGCCUGCCUGCCUGCUUGCUUGCCUGCGUGCCGCGGCGGCCACUGAAGCGUCAUCGAUGCCGGGAGCGCGGAGGCGGCGGUGGCGGCGCUCCUGCUGCUGCUGAGCGAGGUGGGGGCGGCCCCGCCCGGAGAUGGGGAUCCUCAGCAUCACGGACCAGCCUCCUCUGGUCCAAGCCAUCUUUAACCGCGAUAUAGAGGAGGUGCGGUCACUGCUGAGUCAGAAGGAGAAUAUCAAUGUGUUGGACCAAGAGAGACGAACCCCUUUGCAUGCAGCUGCAUAUUUGGGGGAUGCCCCUAUUGUUGAACUCCUUAUUCUAUCAGGUGCUAACGUUAAUGCAAAGGAUACCCUUUGGCUAACCCCGUUACACCGUGCUGCAGCUUCUCGUAAUGAGAAGGCACUUAACCUCCUCCUAAAGCACUCGGCAGAUGUCAACGCUCGUGACAAGUAUUGGCAAACACCACUACACGUUGCUGCUGCCAACAGAGCCACCAAGUGUGCUGAGGCCAUCAUCUCCCUGCUUAGUAGCGUUAAUGUGGCAGACCGCACCGGCCGCACAGCACUGCACCAUGCUGUACACAGUGGGCACAUUGAGAUGGUUAACCUCCUGUUAAAUAAAGGGGCCAAUCUGAAUACAUGUGACAAGAAGGAGAGACAACCAAUACAUUGGGCAGCCUUCCUUGGGCAUUUAGAAGUCUUGAAGCUGCUUGUGGCUCGAGGUGCUGACGUCACUUGCAAAGACAAGAAGGGUUACACCCUGCUGCACACGGCAGCAGCCAGUGGCCAGAUUGAAGUGGUGAAGCACCUGCUGAGGCUUGGAGUUGAGAUCGAUGAACCAAAUUCCUUUGGCAACACUGCACUUCACAUUGCCUGUUACAUGGGCCAGGAUGCCGUGGCCAAUGAACUGGUCAACUAUGGCGCCAAUGUCAAUCAGCCCAAUGAGAAGGGCUUCACCCCCCUGCACUUUGCUGCCGUCUCCACCAACGGAGCCCUGUGCCUGGAACUUCUCGUCAAUAACGGAGCGGACGUGAACUUCCAGAGCAAAGAAGGGAAGAGUCCUUUGCACAUGGCUGCCAUUCAUGGACGGUUUACACGCUCCCAGAUUCUCAUACAGAAUGGCAGUGAGAUUGACUGCGCUGACAAAUAUGGCAAUACCCCCCUCCAUGUUGCUGCUAGAUACGGCCACGAGCUGCUAAUUAGUACUUUGAUGACGAAUGGUGCUGAUACUGCAAGGCGUGGGAUCCAUGACAUGUUCCCCUUGCACUUAGCUGUUCUCUUUGGAUUCUCAGACUGUUGUCGUAAGCUACUUUCCUCAGGUCAGUUGUACAGCAUUGUCUCCUCACUCAGCAAUGAGCAUGUGCUGUCUGCAGGCUUUGAUAUCAAUACGCCAGAUAACCUCGGGAGGACCUGCCUCCAUGCUGCUGCUUCCGGAGGGAAUGUUGAAUGUCUUAACUUGCUGUUGAGCAGUGGAGCUGACUUGAGGAGGAGAGAUAAGUUUGGAAGGACUCCUUUGCACUACGCAGCCGCAAAUGGCAGCUAUCAGUGUACGGUGACUCUAGUCACUGCCGGAGCCAGUAUUAAUGAAGCUGACUGUAAAGGCUGCACCCCCUUACAUUAUGCUGCUGCUUCAGAUACUUACAGGAGAGCUGAGACUCAUUCAGGAAACAGCCAUGACACUGAUGAGGAGCCACUGAAGGAGUCACGACUGAAGGAGGCAAUCUUUUGUUUAGAGUUCUUGUUGGAUAAUGGUGCUGACCCAUCUCUCCGGGACAAGCAGGGAUACACCGCUGUCCACUACGCAGCUGCCUAUGGCAACAGACAGAACCUUGAGUUGCUCCUGGAAAUGUCUUUUAACUGCCUGGACGAUGUGGAAAGCACCAUUCCAGUCAGCCCUUUGCACUUAGCUGCCUAUAACGGUCACUGUGAAGCCCUGAAGACACUUGCUGAAACCUUGGUGAACCUGGAUGUGCGGGACCACAAAGGGCGAACGGCUUUGUAUCUUGCCACGGAGAGGGGCUCCACAGAGUGUGUGGAGGUACUUACCAGCCAUGGUGCAUCUGCUCUGGUGAAGGAGAAAAAGAAGAAGUGGACACCCCUACAUGCUGCAGCUGCCUAUGGGAACACUGAUUCCCUACAUCUUCUCAUUGACAGUGGGGAGAGAGUCGACAUCACCGAUGUCAUGGACCUCCAUGGACAGUUUGGGUGUCGGUCUACCGUGAAGAUACUGUUGAACUGGAGUUCCAUGAGACCUAGACAGCAUAGCCAGUGGUUAGGAAUGCUGACCCCGUUGAUGUUGGCAAUCACAAAUGGCCAUGUAGAUUGUGUCCACCUCUUACUGGAGAAGGGAUCCACAGUAGAUGCAGCAGACAAGAGAGGCAGGACUGCACUGCACCGGGGGGCUGUGACUGGCUGUGAAGACUGCCUUGCAGCACUGCUGGACCAUGAUGCCUUUGUAUUGUGUCGGGAUUUCAAGGGCCGGACCCCGAUCCAUUUUGCCUCGGUCUGUGGGCAUUCCGAAAUCCUGAGGACCUUGCUGCAGGCAGCGCUCUCUACUGACCCUCUGGACUCUGUGGUGGACUAUAGUGGCUAUUCACCAAUGCACUGGGCUUCUUACAGUGGGCAUGAAGAUUGUCUUGAAUUGUUACUUGAACACAAUCCAUUUGCAUACCUAGAAGGAAACCCUUUUACUCCAUUGCACUGUGCAGUAAUUAACAACCAGGAUGGCACUGCUGAAAUGCUUGUGGAAGCAUUGGGUGCCAAGAUUGUUAAUAGCAGAGAUGCCAAAGGAAGGACCCCCCUUCACGCUGCUGCCUUUGCAGACAACAUCCAUGGUUUACAACUGCUUUUGCGCCACCAGGCUGAGGUAGAUGCAACUGACCAACUGGGAAGGACUGCUCUUAUGAUGGCUGCUGAGAAUGGCCAGACGGCAGCAGUCGAGUUUCUGCUGUACAGAGCAAAAGCUGACCUAACUGUGCUGGAUGUCAACAAGAACACAGCUCUUCACCUGGCCUGCAGUAAGGGUCAUGAAAAGUGUGCCUUGUUGAUUCUGGGGGAAACCCAAGACCUUGGCCUUAUCAAUGCAACUAACAGUGCUCUGCAGAUGCCGCUCCAUAUUGCAGCUCGAAAUGGACUGGCCUCUGUUGUUCAAGCUCUGCUGAGCAGAGGUGCCACUGUGCUUGCUGUUGAUGAAGAAGGCCAUACCCCAGCCUUGGCUUGCGCCCCCAACAAAGAUGUUGCCGACUGCCUGGCACUUAUCCUUUCCACCAUGAAGCCUUUUCCACCUAAAGACGCCAUCAGCCCUUUCAGCUUCAACCUCCUCAAGAACUGCGGCAUUGCUGCCAAGACAGCAGCUUGCAGUGCCCUGCCCAACGGCAACAGCUGCCCCUACACCAAGGAUAGGCACAAUGCCAUCGGCUUAGAUGGCUGUUACUCUGAGUAGCUUAAAGAAACCAUGAUGGGUGAUCUAAUAUCUUCUAUUUAUUUAGGAAUUCUAUAAAUAUAGGACACUUUAAAGGAGAACAAGACUGGGAUAGGUCAUCCAAAGGAAUGCGGGUGGAGGAUCUCAGCUUCUGCUUCCCAUCGAGACAUUAGCAUCAUUUGUGUUGAAAUUAAGUCAGCUGUGUGGCUCAAAAACGAAUUGAUAGUUGUUUCUGCUUUAUUAAUCCUGGCUUUAAAAUUUUCCGUGAAACAAUCCAUUUGAUUUCUGCUUUCCCCUGUCCUUCAUCCAACCAUUUUGUCUGUUGGUUAUGAGCCUGUGGCUUGGUUAAUUUUAAAGUGGCCAGCUUUUGAAAUCCCAAAUCCUUUGGCUUUGAUGCAUUCAAGAACUGAACAGAGGGCAAACCUAAACUAAUUUUAUUUGGCAUUUGCUGCAUUACAAGGCCCAAUUUUUAAUUGGAUGGAGGCUGAAAUUGAAAUUUGGAACCUCUCAAAGUUGCCCAUCCCAGGCGUCGUUCUAGUCCUCGGUCACUUUGCAGUACAUUUCUCCAUGCCUUACAACUGAGAACAGUUUUCUGUUGGCCAUGAGGUCUAGGUGGGAACAGAAGCCUGACUUCCUCCUUAUUUUCAUUUGGCAUUAGUGUUUUGGUAAACAAGAGGCCGCAAAGAAGGGCAGCAGCUCCUGGCAAAGUGCCACUAUAACUGCUCCUUCCUUUCUAGUAAUUUUGUUUGUGUGUUGUUUGUUUGUCAUGCUUGCCCUUUUUGAUUCCAGUGAAAACACUUGAAUUGAGAACUACUGUACCUGGGACACUAGGAUACCUUAGGCAGCUCGUAUUCCCUUGUAUGCAAAAUGGGUGCUGUUGCCCGACUUUGACUGCGGCCCUGUCUGAUAAUUUAUGUAUGCGCUGCCAGAAUUAUCCCCACCACCAUAUCAGGCACUUUAGGGAUUUUCUCUUUUUGGAGGCUGAUUUUUGUGUUUUUUGGGGGGGGGGCGCAGGGUG